GAUAGACCAGGGGAAAGGGGGAGGGCACUUGGCACCCAGCUAAGGGAACACGCAGGGUCCGAUCCAUUAGUGCCAUCGAUCCAAAUAGGCUUAGCGUCAAUGGUUAUCACGCAAGAUACCUCCAAAUCGCAACAUUUUCCCCUCCAGAGUUUCCCAAAUUCCCAAAAUAUAUCCAAAUGCACCAAAACGCACCAAAACGCACCAAAAUCUCAGGAAAGUCUCCACCGCUACAGUCCACAUGGCCACUUGCCCAAUAGAGAUGUAGGUAUGCGGAAGCCAUCCUAUCACUCCCUUCCUAUUCUUCCCUUCCCCUCCCAACCUACGCAUUUCCGACACUUGAAAACUUUUGCAGUCAACAGAAUUAUUCACCGCUCGGUACGAGGUAGGUGUUUCCAAGAGUCACUCCCAUAUAUCUAUUCCUUUUCUUUCAUGCACCCUUCUCCCUCCUUCGCCUUCUUUCUUCCGAGGUCUCCAUUCACUCGGAAUAUAUAUAUUCACCACUGCCCAUACGUUGAACUCCUCUUCCGGCAGUUUGCAUCUCACUACUCGUUGAUCUCUUGAUCACAUCAUUUCCCCAGACUAUUGCACCUUACUUCUAUUGACCCCUCCAUACUAUCAAUACAAAACUCCCCCAUAUUUGGUUUACUUCUAUUGAAACUCAGUCCACAAUAGGAUAUACCAAAUCUUUUCUUCAUAAUACAGAAGAUCAAGUAGCAACGUCGCCAUGGCUCCAGAUUUGAACACAGUCCCUUCUUCCCCUAGGGUUGACAAAAAGGCUGCCUUUCCUUUCAACCAGACCAACAGCAUGCCUUCAGGUUCGAAGCCAAAUAUUUUAUAUAUUAUGGCAGAUCAGCUGGCAGCACCCUUGCUCAAAAUGCACAAUCCCAAAUCGCAGAUUCAAACACCGCAUCUUGACGGUCUUGCAAAAGAUGCCGUCGUCUUCGAUUCGGCAUAUUGUCCUUCGCCACUUUGCGCACCUUCUCGCAUGUCUAUGGUUACUGGUCAAUUACCUUGCAGAAUUGGCUCAUACGAUAAUGCCAGCUCGAUCGAUCCUUCUACCCCAACAUACGCACAUUAUCUGCGAGCAGCUGGAUAUGAAACUACAUUGGCAGGAAAGAUGCAUUUUAUUGGAGAACAAUUACAUGGUUACGAGAGUCGUUUGACAAGUGAUAUCUAUCCUGGAGAUUAUGGCUGGGCUGUGAAUUGGGAAGAUCCAGACAAGAGAUUGGAAUGGUAUCACAAUGCGAGUUCGAUCUUACAAGCUGGCAUUUGUGUGCGAAGCAACCAAUUGGAUUAUGACGAGGAGGUUAUGUAUAAAUCAACUCAAUUCCUUUAUGAUCAUGUCCGCAAGGGACCAAACACUAGACCUUUCUGCAUGACGGUCUCCCUCACUCAUCCUCACGAUCCUUAUAAUAUUCAAAAGAAGUUCUGGGAUCUCUACGAAGGUGUUGAUAUUGAUCUACCAGAGACCAAGAUUCCACAGGAAGAAUUAGAUGCACACAGCAAGCGCUUGUUGAAAGUUUGUGACCUUUGGGGCAAGGAAUUCACAGAUGAACAGAUCAAGAGAGCUAGACGUGCAUACUAUGGAGCAGUCAGUUAUGUUGAUGACUGCAUCGGAAAAUUGCUACAAGUUUUGAAAGAUUGUCGACUUGACGACAAUACAAUCAUUGUUUUCAGUGGUGAUCAUGGUGAUAUGCUUGGAGAACGUGGUCUUUGGUAUAAGAUGUCUUAUUUCGAGUCAUCUGUUCGAGUACCUCUUCUCGUUCAUUAUCCAAAAUACUUCAAUGCCCAUCAUGUAUCCGAGAAUGUUUCUACAUUGGAUAUUCUUCCAACAUUAGCAGAUCUUGCUAAUGUCGAAUUAUGGCCUGGUCUUCCUAUGGAUGGUUCAUCCCUUCUCCCACAUCUUCAAUCACGUCCAGGUGGAUCUGAUACUGUUUUUGCAGAGUACUGCGGUGAAGGUACCAUCUCACCAAUGAUGAUGAUCAGACGUGGAUCAUGGAAAUACAUCACAUGUCCAGCAGAUCCAGAUCAACUUUACAACCUUGCCGACGAUCCCAAGGAAGUGGUCAACCUUGCUUCACUUCCUGCCAAACAUCCACUGAUGACGGAAGAAACCACCAAAUUCCUGAAAGACUUCCAAGCUGAAGCUGCAGCAAAAUGGGAUUUCGAAAAAAUCACCAAUGAUGUUCUACUCUCUCAACGACAAAGACGACUUGUUUGGAGUGCUCUUAAAAUUGGUAAAUUUACCAGCUGGGAUCAUAAUCCAAAUGAUGAUGGUCGUGAGAAAUAUAUCAGAUCACAUAUUCCACUUGAUGAUUUGGAAUUGAGAGCUAGAUACCCUCCGGUUGACAGUCAAGGAAGAGAUUUGGCAGGUGUUGGUAUGGGUGGUUCGGGAGCCGGUGGUAUGGGAAGUGUGGUUUAUGACCAAGCUGGUGCUCAUGGUCAAUAAUCAGUAUUUACGGUCUUGGUGCAUAUUAUGGGAUUACUUUGGAGCGGGAGUUUGAUUUUUUGAGGCAGACAUUGCGAUGCGUGCAUACUUGCUAUAUACCAAACGAUGUCGCAUUUUCAAUUUUUGCUUUUGCUUUUGGGUGGAUAGGGCACUGCGAGGGUUUAUGGAUGGGUUGGUCUGGUACUAUGAUGGGGGAUUUAAUGAGGGUCAGAUUUUCAACAAAGUUUAGAAGAGAAUCCACUAUACAUAGAAUGGUCUAUGGAUAUAUCUUCCGGAAUGGGGGAUAAGCAAUGAGCUUUAAAUUAAAUAAAAAUGAAUUUCAACAUUAUGAAAUAUUUUAGCA